GUAUUGUAAAAAGAUUAAACUUUAGAUAAAAUUAUCACUACACUAGUAGUGUUUUUCCAUGCGAUAUGUAUAUAUAUGAGAUUUCUUCAUUGAUAACUAUGGAUUUCUUGAUUCGAGCAGUGUUUUUUCAUUUCUUAUGUAUAUGUGGUUGUAUCAAACCACAAGAUUUCAAUCACAAAUUCGAAUCGUGCAUAUAGCUUUAUAUAUCUAAAGGAUUUCUUGAUUCAAGCAGUGUUUUUUUUCAUUUUGCAGAGCGAAAUGGAGAAUGUGGGAGUGAUGAUGACCACUCCAAUGUCAGCCUAUCUGGAGCAACAGCUCCAGCAGCGCUUCACACUCUUCAAGCUUUGGGAAUCGUCCUCCCGAACUCAGUUCCUCACUCGGCGCGCCGACUCAGUCAAUGCGGUGGUCGGCGACACCAAAAUCGGCGCCGAUUCCGAGCUGAUUGACUCGCUCCCCCGCCUCGAGAUCGUCUCCACUUACAGCGUCGGCCUCGAUAAAAUCGACUUGGACAAGUGCCGAGAGAGAGGAAUUAGGGUUACCAACACCCCCGACGUGCUGACGGACGACGUCGCCGACCUCGCGAUUGGGCUGGCUCUGACCACGUUGAGGAGAAUCUGCGCCUGCGAUGCGUUUGUGAGGAGUGGAUCGUGGAGAAAUGGGGAUUUUCAGCUGGCUACCAAGUUCAGUGGCAAAUCAGUCGGCAUCCUCGGGCUAGGCAGGAUUGGUUCUGCCAUUGCCAAAAGAGCUAAGGCAUUUGGGUGCACCAUCGGCUACCAUUCCCGGACCAAGAAACAGAUCACCGACUACAUGUACCACUCCAAUGCCGUUGAUCUGGCUGCUAACUGUCGAAUCCUGUUCGUGGCAUGCUCCUUGACAGAUGAAACGAGACAUAUUGUGAAUCGGGAGGUUAUUGAUGCAUUGGGCCCUGGAGGGGUCCUUGUCAAUGUAGGACGAGGCGCACUUGUUGAUGAACAUGAACUUGUGUCUGCACUGUGCGAAGGCAGGCUAGGUGGCGCUGGGCUCGACGUCUUUGAGAACGAACCUCACGUGCCCGAGCUGUUUUUCGAGCUAGUGAAUGUAGUCCUGCUGCCUCAUGUUGGAACCGACACCGUCGAGACGAGCAACACUAUGGCUGAUCUCGUUGUUGCCAACUUGGAGUGUCAUUUCCUCAAGAAACCGCUGUUGACUCCGGUGAUCUGAGCAGAAUUAGCCAUCUUUUGUCACCAUCACCAUUAUGGCAAGUUUUUCUUUUGGUUGAUUGAUUUCGUAGGUGCAAAAAUUUGCAUAGUUUUAGGGAAAGUGGCAGCAUGUACAAUUUUGUAUCCUCAUAUUUAUAGUUCUAUAAUCUCUAAUUGCUGCUGAUUGUGAAGAGAAUGAGGAGAAAUAUUUUGAGCACGAGAAAUCUGUCCCAACCUUUUUGGCGCAUACAAAUUUUUGUGAGACUGUUUCACCAUGCUCAAUAUUCAAAUGCAUAAUCGUAUUUUAGUAA